AUGACUGCUGUUACCACGGUCUCUUAUAGAUUCAAUAUAAAUGGCAAUUACACUGACAAGGUAGAAGCAAGAAGGGGUAUUAGACAAGGGGAUCCAUUGUCCCCCCUCCUGUUUGUGAUUAUUAUGGAGUACCUUAGCAGAGGUGAUAAAGGUUCCAUGGAGAUUCUGCAGCGUACCAUCACUAGCUUUUUGGAUUCAACAGGUAUGAAGAUUAACCCUGCCAAGAGUAAAGUGUAUUUUGGUAGUGUUUCAGAUCCUGUUAAGUACUCAAUUCUGAGUUCUACUGCUUACGAUGAGGGGACUCUCCCAUUUAGAUAUCUUGGAGUCCCAGUGAGUAGCAAAAAGCUGUCUGUGAUUCAUUAUAUGCCGUUGGUGGAUAAACUAUUGAGUAAGAUUACUCAUUGGAGCUCUCGACUUCUUAGCUAUGCCGGAGGUAGCACCAUAAGUAGGAAGAGUCUGAUUGCUUGGGAUAAGGUUUGUAAACCUGCUGUGAAAGGAGGGUUGAAUGUGCUUGAUUUAGUGGUAUGGAAUAACAUGUUUAUGAUGAAGUUACUCUGGAAUAUAUGCAGGAAAACGGAUGAUCUAUGGGUUCGGUGGAUUCACGCCUAUUACCUGAAGAAUGAGGAUGUAAUGUAUAGAAUGGUUAAAAAUUCUGAUUCAAAUAUUUUUAAAACUAUUCUUUUGCAGAGGGAAAACAUAGGCAAUAUGCAGAUGGUUUGGAAUGAGAUGGUGCAAGCAGGGAGAUUCAUUGGUAGAAGAGUGUAUGCGAACUUGUUACCGGCCACACCUAAUGUUGUUUGGGCCAAGCUAAUUCUCCACAAUAGAGCAAGACCUCGUGCAAUAUAUACUCUCUGGAUGAUCUGUCAUGGGAAGCUAGCCACAAAGGCCAGAUUGAAUCGGUUUGGUAUGGUGAAUAAUGACCAAUGUGUUUUUUGCUCCGCGGUGGAAACCAUUGACCACCUAUUUUUUGAGUGUGCUACUUUGAGGAAGGCUUGGGUAGAAACACUUCUUUGGAUUGGUAUCCCUCACAAUCCCGGGAAUUGGAAUGAGGAGAGAAACUGGAUUUUGAAUUGUUAUGGUGGUAAAGGUUGGAAAGUUGAUCUUGUUAGAUUAGCUCUGACUGAAACUUUACAUGAGUUGUGGAGAUUUAAAAAUGACACUUGUUUUAAUCAAAGAAAUGACAAUAGAAAUUGUACAGAUAGAAUCAUUAACAACAUUGUCUAUAGAGGGUGGUCGAGCCCUAAGCUUAUACCACAUAUAGCUUUUUUGAUGGUACAAUAA